AUGCUUUUCCCGAUGUACACGGUGCCCCUUCAGGUGCUCUUCGACAUGGGUGAGAUCGUUCCGCACGAGGCCGAGAAGGGCACGGAGCUCAUGGAGCAAGGGGUCUUGGUGGAGUUCGAGCAAACAUUGGGACAGGCGGCCUUUGUGUCACACCAGUGGGUUGGCCGCAAUCACCCGGACCCAGAGUUCAAGCAGAUGAGAGUGUUGCAAGAUGCCUUGCGGCACGUGAUGUCGGACCUGAAGUAUAUCCCCUUGGAUAUGAAUUCAGAAGCUUUGGUGCCUGGCGCCAAGAGCCUGGACACCGCGAAGCUGCAUUCGAAGCCGCUCUUCGUUUGGUACGACUACUUCUCCUGCCCACAGCUCGAUCUCCAAGCUACAGCCUCCUGCAGAAGUGGCAUUGGCCGACAUAUCAGUGACGGCAGUGGCCUUGCCAGAGCCAUCGAGAGCAUCCCGGCCUACAUCGCCAAGUCGAGCUUCUUCUUCGUCCUGUCUCCGGUCAUCCAAAGCAGCGGUGAUCAGGACAAACUGUUCGGCCCUGGCAGCUGGUCGGAACGGGGCUGGUGUCGUGUUGAACGAGCCUUGCGCGAGCUCUCGCCUGAGAACUCCUGGAUCAUGAUCAAGAGCCAAACGGAGCUAGAGCUGGUGGCGAGCCCGGUCGGAGCCGGGGGUGGUGGCGGAGCGCCUGGGGAAGGCGUCUUCACCGUGGCCAGGGACAAGCGGAAGCUGGCGCCGAUCCUAAGGCAGACCUUGAAGCGGAAGCUGGUUUUGUCUCUGAAGAGCAAGGACUUGGAGGCCUACCGAGUGCUUCUGAAUCUGCAGUCUGUUACCUUCAGAGGCCUGGACGUGAAGCCCACGAGUGAUCUGAUCCCCGGCGAUCCGGCAGAUUCCGCGCCCGGCGGGUCGGAGUCCAGGUCUCUUGAGGUGGCACACUUUCUACACCAGAAUGGCUUCAAUUCUGUCACGGACUCGGAUUCGCGUGGAUGGUCAACAUUGCACUAUGCCGCUCUGGGUGGAGAUCCCAGUUUGAUCCGGUGCCUCCUAGAGGAGCAGGCAGACGUGAAUCUUCAAACGAAGAAGGAUCAACCGCUCGUCGGUUUGGCAUCUCUCGUCUCGCCCCUCGCCAUUUCUGUCUUCUUCCGGCACAACGAGGCAGCGCGGCUGCUCCUCGCCGCCAAAGCCAAAUUUGAAGGUGGCCUGCAACCUGCCUUGAACUUGGCAGGCAUCUCGAACAAUCCGGAAGGCAUUCGCAUUCUUUGCGAUGCUGGCUGCAACCCCCACACGACCAAGGACAUCUUUGGUUUCAGCGCCAUGGAGGCGGCUGCAGGUCAAGGGCAGGUGGAGGCCGUGGAGGAAAUCCUCCGCCAAGCUGGGGGAAGUGUGAGCAGUUGGAUUUUGAACCGGGCCCUCUAUCUUGCCUGUUGUUUCCGUGGCGGCAAGGCCGAAAUGAUCCAUCGGCUCAUCGAGAUGCGUGCAGACGUGAACCGCCCUUAUCCAUUCAAACGGUUCUCGUUCAAUGCGGCGUUCUUGGUUGCGAAGAGCCUACAGCAUCGUUUUGGCAAGGUCACAAGUAUCAGCAAAAUGUGUUACCAUUCUUGGGGGGCGCGGCCUUUGAUGGUAGCGAUCCUGUCUGCACAGUACGAGGGAGCUGCGGUGCUAAUCGCCGAAGGAGCCCGCUUGGACUUGCCAAACAAGCGUGGCUGCACCGCCAUUGAUUUGGCUCAAGGCCAAGACUUGCCAUUUUUCAUGACAGAGGCGUUGGAGGGGCGGACGGGAGAGUGCAAGCACGUAGCAAAAGCAGCUCUCGAGCACAGCUACUUUGAAAUGUGA